GUUUCAAAAAAGACACGACUGGGUGCCCCAUGUGAAAACUACUGUGACUGUCCCAAAAAAGAAUUAACUCUACUAGGGAAAUAUUCUCAUGACUUUUACUACUAUCUUUUCAUGAAUGAAAAAUUAUAGACAUUUAACUGAUGAUAGCUAGUUUGAAGGAGUAUUGAAAAUUAAUUAACAAUAAACAUGGAUAGUGAGAAUGGGGACCAGAAACAGGAUACCAGUAGUGGAAAUGGGACGAUGCUCGAACAGGAUAGUGGUCAGUAUGAAAAUGUGUCUAUGGCAAAAAGUGAUAGUGGUGUAGCUGGUGAACCGUCGCCCAGGACACCACAGAGCCAAGAAACAGAUGUUGAUACAGGGGCACCAGUUGAACAGGAAGAGGAAGUGAUUGAGAGGUCAGAGGUCACAGAUACAGUACAAUCUCCUGUGCACGAAGAAUUUUAUUCUGUACCUAGUGAACCCAGGCAAAGUGAUCAGUCAUAUCAAUCCAUUGACAGUGAACUUUUUUAUUCUUUACCUGAAAAAUCUCCAGUUUCUUUCAACGGAGAUAGAAAUGAUGAAGUUGUGUAUGAAGAGCUUCCAGACCAACCUGAUGGAAGUGAUCAAGAUGAAGAUGAUGAUGAUGAUAAUAUUGGUAGUGUUAGUGAUGAGGAAAGCUUUGAAGAUGUACCUUCUAAACUAAAGAGAUCAGCUGACAGUGAUGACCUUAUGCAAGGGUAUAGAGAUGACGGCUCAUCAGCUGUCAGUGACAUUUUCACUGAUGUCAGUGCUGCAUUGCAAAGACUAAAUAACACUUAUGAGAAUGUCACUAGUAAACCUUCCAAACCAUCUGAUCACCAUGCCUCUCGAUUUGACUCUUUACGAUCUAAAUACACUCGUCCUAGAACUUAUCCUCCUCAAAGAGAACCUGUAUAUGCCAAACCAAUGCCACGAGAUACUGGCUAUCAACCACUCUUGUCCAGUAGAGAUCACCAUCCUUAUACAACAUACCAAACUAGUCUGCCUGUCUCAUUUAGUCCACAACGAACCUAUACUACUGACAAAGAUGAGUUUUAUCCAGAUGAGGAAGAGAAUAAGAGGCUUGAAGAUUCUGUACUAAAAGAAGGUGAAGACUACACAAUAAGAGGUGAGGACAGCAACCCAUCCAAGAUACCAGCCCGUAUAAGGGAGAUUAUAACCAAGAACCUCUCACCUGAUGAUACAGACAUACCAUCUAAAAGAAUGUCAACUCCAAACACAGGCCAGUUGCAGGAAGAAAACCGUAUAUUAGCAGCAGAAUUGAACCGAGUAGAAGAUCUCCUUGCUGCGAGUCGAGCAGAGCGUGAUGAACUUGGAAUCAAGUACAAUGCUCUGAGUGAUAAGCUUGAACAGAACUUGAAAGGAGGAGGAGAAGACUACGGCGAGACACCAUCUAAAAAUCUUGUCCAGCAGAACAUCGAGUUACGGAGGAAACUUGAGGAGGAACAUCAAAGUUACAAACGUAAACUCCAGGCGUAUCAAGACGGACAACAAAGACAAGCUCAACUUGUACAGAAACUUCAAGCCAAGGUUUUGCAGUACAAGAAAAAGUGUGAGGAAAUCGAGGUAGAUAACUCUGAUUUAAAAUCCCGCUAUGAUCAUUUGAAGUCGUUACAAUCACAACAGGAUUCCUAUCAUAAAGGUUUAGACAGUGAAAGUCGUCUCCGUCAGGAAGCAGAAAACAAUAUGGAUCACGAGUCAGCUUUGAUCAAGUUAGAAGAGGAACAACAGAGGAGUGCCAGCUUGGCCCAUGUGAAUGCUAUGCUACGGGAGCAGUUGGAUCAAGCAACGGCAGCCAACCAGUCCCUCACUAAUGAUAUCCAUAAGCUGACCAACGAUUGGCAGAGAGCAAGAGAAGAACUAGAAGGCAAGGAAGCAGAAUGGAGAGAGGAGGAACAGUCAUUUAACGAAUACUUCAGCAAUGAACAUGGUCGCCUCCUCUCAUUGUGGCGGGAAGUGGUUGCUUUCCGUCGCAGUUUCGGUGAGUUGAAGACAGCAACAGAACGUGACAUGUCUCAUCUUCGUUCUGAUGUCACCAAGGCAUCAAGGAGCAUGCACUCUGCCUGUCUCAACCUGAGUGCCAACCAGAGAAGCUCAGAUACACAACUUUCGGUUCUGCUGGAUCGUGAGAAACAGGAACGCAUGUCUCUUGAGAACCAACUUAGAGAUAAGAACAGGGAGAUAGGAGAACUUCAGUCUCGCUAUGAUACUCAUAGUGCUGAACUCAAUUCCAAAUAUGUUUAUGAAAAGGUUUCUGUAGAAAAUCAGACACGAGUCAAUGAGUUGACAAUGUUGAAUGAGAAAUUGAAGAUACAGGCUGAAGAACAUAACAAGACCAUCAGUAAUCUUCAACGUAACAUCAACAACUUGGAGACACGUCUUGGUGAACAGCGUAGCUAUGAUCUUCCAGAGACUGAGUCUUCUCGUCAGUACCGUGAAGAAACAGAUGUCAUUCACGAGGCUCUUAGAAACAUUGCUGAGGCUGUUAUCAAUGAUGCUGAUGAAAUUGAUGCAGAAGGAGGAAGACGUUCAGUAUCACCUUCAAGAACAAGGUCAAUGUCACCAACAGCCAGGGCAAGGUCACCAAUUCUACGAAACAGAUCAAAAUCUCCCAUGGCUAGGUCAAGGUCUCCAGCCUUUGCUGAUGCCACAUUCUCUGCUGUCCAAGCUGCCUUGAACAAACGUCAACUCCAGGUAUCAGAACUCAGAGCUAAGUUGAUAGCCAGUAAAGAUCAUAAUGGCCAAAUUAGAAAGAACCUGGAUGAUGUUGAAAAUGAGAGACGUAGACUGGAAAUGCAGAUUAUCAACCUGAAAGAGGAUCUGGACUUAUCGAAAAGAGACAAGGAUGAUACCUCUAGAGAAAGAGACAGGCUCAGGAAUUCUCUCAACUUGACAGGAAAUGAGAAGUCUCAACUGGAGAAGGUCCGCAUGGAAAUGAAUGAACAGGUAGAAGGGCUUCAGAUGGAGAAUGAAAAACUCCAGGCUGCCAACACCGAACUACAGAGACAGAGAGACAACCUGGAGGAGGACAAAGAGGAUGUUACUAAAGACAAGGAGAGGCAACUUAAGGAGAACGAUAGAUGUCACAGAGUAAUUGACCAGUUGGAACACAAAGUCAGCAGUAUAAAGGAAGAGCUUGUUGGAACUAAAGAGGCUCUCAACAGGGCACUUUUGGACAAGGAGGUUCUUGAACAACAGAAAGCUGAAGUCAGUGAUGCAUUGACCAAAUCUGAAGUUCAGAAAUCUGACCUUGAACUUGAGAUAAACAGAGCCAAGACAGAGGAGGCAGGUCUUAGAGACGCCUUACAUAAGAUGCAACAACUAAAUGAAGGUUUAGGUCAGGACAAGAUUGAACUUAACAAGAUGAUUAUUAUGCUAGAGAAUGAGAAGGCCUCACUACAGGGAGAGAAAUCAAUGUUAGAACAAGAGAGAAGUGGAAUCAGAGAAGAAUUGGUCCGUGUAGAACAAGAGAAGAUGGAUCUGGAUACAGAGAAAAUGGGAUUGAAUCAGACAUUAGAACUGAGUGAGAUGUCCAGACAACAAUUAGAAGAAGAAAUCACUGCUAUACACAGAGAGAAAGGAGAAACUACAGAACAACUCAACUGUGUUGCAAGACAUAAACAAGCAUUGGCUGAAGAAUUGGUGGCUGUCAGGAAAGAAAUCGAGAGGGUUAAUAACAACCUCAAACGUAUUGCUAUUGAGAAGGAGAGACUCACACAAGAAAAAGGUGAACUGAUUGUUCAGGUCACUGACACUGAAAGAGAAAAUCGUCACCAGAGUGAAGUUAUCUCCUCUUUGAAGGCAGAUAAGGAUGCCCUUGAAAGUGCACUCUAUGAGGUCCAGGAACAAGCUCGCCAGUUAGAGGUCCGUAAGGAACAGUUAGAGGGAGAAAACCAAGAGUUGAUCAUCAGGAAGGAAAACCUACAAUCUGAAAUUAACCGUUUGUGUAAGGAGAAGGAUGCUGACAACGAGAAGUUUGAUUUCCAGAGAGAGGACCUGAACCGUCGUUUGGCACAGCUGGAGCGUGACAUGCAGAUGGCCAUUACACAGGAGAAACAAGCCCAUGAAGAUGAUGUUGAUCGUCUCAGCAGAGAAAGGGAUAACCAGAGAGCUGAGUUUGAGUCCCAGAGAGAUGAGAUGAUUCUACAGUACAAUAUGGAGAAGGAAGAGUCCAACAACAAGUUUGAUAGAAUGAGGGAGGAACUAAUGGAAGAACUGGCCGCUUUACAGAGAGACAGGGAUAAUUCUCUUAUGAUGGCUGAAAAUGACAAGCAACAGACAAUGUCAUUAUUGGAACAAGAGAAGAGCACUCUAGGAGAGAAGAAUAACAAUCUGACCAUGGAUCUGGCCAAUGCUAAUGUGGAGUAUGAGAGGUUGAAACGUGAUUAUUAUGCCAAACAGGAACAAGAUAGGACUACCAUUAAUGGUCUUGGCAGUGAACUGAAGAAUUUCCGUAGCCAGUUUGAUGAAACUUGCAUGAACCAUGAAAAGGAAUGUAAGGAUCUUACUAACAAUAUCAGAGAGCUGGAAAGACAGAGAGAAGGAGCUCUUAGAGAGGUUGCUGAACUCAAAACUCAACUCAAACUUGUUGAAGAGAAUCGUGACAAUAUACGUAGAGAUCUUAUUGAGGCUAAUCGUAGAAUUAGGGAGGGUGAAGAAACCAGAGAUCUCAUGAGAAAAGACAUUGUUGAACUUAAACGUAAUAUCAAUGAUGAAGUACGAGAGAAGGACACCAUUAGUAAGACAGCUGAUGAUCUCAGAAAUACCGUGAAGAGGAAUGAGGCUGACAAGAUUGAACUGAAUAGAGCAUUACAGGACAACAAACAGAGAUGUGCAGUAUUGGAUGAACAGAAGGCUAAUGUUCAGAAAGAGGCAGGUGACUUAAGAGCCAGUCUACGUGAAGUUGAGAAAGCUCGUCUUGAGGCACGUCGUGAGUUGCAAGAACUACGUCGUCAAGUGAAACAAUUAGACGGAGAGAGGAACAAGCUAGGAAAGGAGGUGGGAGACCUGCAGACCAGGGUGGCUAGGGAUGAAGAAAAAGAGGAAGAGUCCAGGAGAACUUCAUUUGAUCUCAAACAAAAGGUGGUUGAGACAGAAGCCAGUCGUGAAGCCCUCAGAAAGGAACUUGCUAACACUCAGCGUAAGAUGGGUGAAGUUAUUGAGGAGAGCAGGAUGAAAGAGAAAGAUUACCAGAUGGCACUUGAAGACAGCCGCAGAAUCGAAAGGAAAAUGGAAGACCAGAGACGUAACUUAGAAAUUCAACUUGAAAAUACAAAUGCUGAAAAUGAAGAAUUGAAAUUGAGGUUGAGUGGAGCCGAAGGAAGAGUUAAUGCCCUUGAGGCAACCCUUGCAAGACUGGAGGGUGCUAAACGUGACAUUGAAUUCAAACUUAGUAGCAUUGUGUCAAGUUUGAGAAGGACCAUUGGAUUCAGACAAGAAAUGCCAAGAGCCCGUAGUCCAGUUAGGUCUCGUUCUACAAGCCCAAGGCGGUCCAGGCCAAAUUCUCCAGCUAAAGGAUUUGAGAAUACAUAUGCCACCACUACUGAAGGCCGAGGUAGUCCUAUUCCAAGAACUGGGUCACCUGAUAGAGCAGGAAGUCCAAUUAGAGUGUCAUCACGUGGUGUAUCACCUUCUAGAUUCGAAAUGUCUGCAGUUGAUGUUGACCCAGAGGCUGUCAGAAUGGCUCUCCGUGACUUUGUACAACAGUUGGCUAAUGCAGAGAGAGAAAGGGAUGAUGCUCUUGCCAACACAAAGAGUAUGGGAAUACAACUUCAGGAAUUAGAAGAUGAGAAGGGCAGAGUAGAGAGACGAUUGGAACAAUUACAGAAAUCUCUUGGUGAUGUAGAGGAAGACAAACGUGGAAUUGAUGGACGUCUUGCAAGUGCCCAGACCGCCUUGAUGCUCCAAGAGGAGACAAUUCGCCGCAAUGAAAGGGAACGCAAGAUUAUGCAAGACAAAAUGAAUGCUUUGGAGCGCAGCCUGACCUCUGCAGAGACAGAGAAACGCCAGCAGCUGGAGAAGAUUAGUAAGAUGAAGGCUAACGAGGGCAGACUGGAUGAUGAUAAACGUAACUUGAGACAGGGUCUUGAAGAUGCUGAGAACAGAUGUACUAAACUAGAACUGGCUCGUAGAUCUCUGGAGGGUGACUUACAGAGGUUCAAACUAUUGAUGAAUGAUAAAGAAACAGAAAAUCUGGUCCUGACAGACAGAGUAGAAAAUCUGAACAAACAGAUACAAAACCUUGAUAGCAAAGCCCAGUCCUUACAGUUAACUGUAGACAGACUGUCUCUCACCUUGGCUAAAACUGAAGAGGAUGGUAUUCAACAGAAAGACAAGGUACAGUCGUUGAACAUGUCCUUAUCAGACAACAAUGCUGCCCUUAAUGAGUUACAGGAGCGUAUUCAACAGUUACAGCGGGCACUCACCAGCAGUGAACAUGACCGCAGGGUACUACAAGAAAGACUAGAUUCAACCAGACAAGCUUUGAAUGAUGCCAAGAAACAAAAUUAUGACCUUCUGGAACGUGUACAGACAUUGCAGAAUGACUGUUCUGAAAAUGAAGUCAGAAGGGCAGAGGUUGAAGGUCAACUCCGUCAGUCUCAUGGUGUGCUGGUAAAGAGGACGGAAACAGAACAAGAACUGAACCAGAUUGUACAGAAACUAACCCAGGAUAAACAGAACAUGCAGGACCAUAUCUCAAAUCUGUCUCGUAAUCUGUCCACAGUGGAGACACAGAAAACAGAGAUGGAAAGAACAUAUAUCAGGCUGGAGAAAGAUAAAUCUGCUCUCAGGAAAACUUUAGAUAAGGUUGAACGUGAAAAACUAAAGACAGAAGAGAUAGCUAACACUUCUUUGAUGGAAAAGGGCUCCUUAGAUAGAUCAUUGGCUCGCCUUGACGAAGAUAACUGUGAUCUGAAUAAACAAGUACAACAGCUCCAGGCACAGUUAGCAGAGGCUGAGCAACAACAUGCUCAGAGAUUGAUAGAUGUUACCACAAGACAUAGAGCUGAAACAGAGAUGGAGACAGAGAGACUCCGAACAGCUCAGAUGCAAGCUGAAAGAAUGCUAGAAACAAGAGAGAGAUCAAAUAGAACUAAAAUCAAGGGUCUUGAAGAAACAAUUGCCACAUUGAAAGACCAACUGUCAACAGAAAUGAAGAAACGUCAGCUUUAUAUUUCACGUAGUGCCCGUACAGGUGAUGAAAUCCGGGAUAUCCGUUCCAUACUGGACUCUUCAUUAUCAAAUGUCACAAGGGACCAGUCUCUUGAUCCACUCAUCAUGGAGACAGAAACCAGGAAACUAGAUGACUCCUUGGAAUUGCGUGGUAGUUACAGAAUACCACAACCAAGACGAAGAACAAGUCCAAAUCGUUCACCAAUGAAAUAUUCUGAUAGGUUGACAUCAACACCUGCAAUGCGUCGAACCCAGAGUCCCAUAGCACUGCGUAAAAAACUGUUGAAAUAAACUGCCAAGCCUUUGUAUGAGAGAUCAUGUGACAAUUAUUUAUAGCAAUUUUGUGUGUUUGUGAAGGUCAUUCCUGUUUAUUUUAGACAUUCCAAGUGCAUAUUUAUGAAGUCUACCAGCAUUAAAACCUUGAUUCAAGAGACAGAAGCUAUUUUUUUUUAUGAUUUUUAAAGUUUUAAGUACUGACAACAUUUAAAAAAAAUAAUAGAAAUCUUUUAUUUAAAACUUUCGUCCAGUAUAUUUUUUAUGAAAAAGAAAAGAUUUGGAAAAGGUUAAUGAAAUACAUAACUGAUUAGAAUUACACUGAAAUGUUUUGAGCUCUUAUUAAUAUAAAGUUUCUGCUUUAAGUUUGAGCAUGGUUUUCUUUCUCUUGAGUCAAGGGAUAUUUUUACAAUGGCAGCACAAGUUUUAAAGCCAUUUAUUGCAUGAAAUCAAAUUAAUUUUUCUGUAUCCUAGGUUGUGAGUAGUUCAUUACACAUUUUAAACAAAUAUUAAUAUAUUUAUAAUGUCACAUUUUUUUUAGAAUUUAGAUUUUGUUUUUGUUGAGGGUUGUGUUGUCAUGGCAGCUUGAGGAUGUUGGAACACACGACAGUUGUCAGCUGUCAUGGUUCUAGCCAAUCAUUUUGCCAGAUUUUAUGAUGUAAUCAGUAUUACCAGUGAUCACCUCAAUCAUAGAUUUAUAUUUAUAGACAGAGAAAAAAUUCAACACUCAGCACACAUCCAGUGGCCCAAAGGCAUCUAAUGACUGAUUGUUCCAAGAAACAGUAAAAAGAAAUGUCACUUGCCUUUUUUAUGUGUUAUGUUGAAUAAAAGUAAAACACAAAAUUAUAUAUUUUUACCAAGUAUGAAUUCAUUUAUACUGCUGAUGCAAGAACUUGUAAAUGUUUUCAAAGUUAGCGAAAUGAAUGAAUGCUAUUUUCUUUACAUCUACUGUGAAAAUCAUACUAUCUGAGUUACUGGUGUCAAGAACAAUUUAUGAUUGGGAGGAAAGUAGGAUAAUUGCAUCAUUUCUAUUUAUAAACAUUUUUUAUCAAAAUAUCUGUGAUAAAUGUUAAAAAGUAUGCACCAUAGUUUGAAUAAAUUAUUGUAUUAUUUGUUUGAUUAGAUUGAAUAAGUGUAUUUAUAGAUAUUUGAAUAAGGUCAGAAAUUUGUUGAGAAGCCAUUUAACGGAGCACCAAACGUUUUUAAAGAAAGGUUUUGAUAAAUUGAGAAAAAAAAUUGUUUUCCGUACAGGGUCAGUGUGGAUGGAUCUUUUGAAUUUCCAAAAUUGCAUACGAUAGAUUCAGACAGAGUUAAAAAUCCUGACCAGAUGUGAUUUUUAUGGAAAACAUUCUGAUGUUACUGAAAGUGUAUUCAUCCAAGUUGCUUCUCGAUGAUUUAUGAUUAUUAUUCUAAUAGAAUAUUGUUGUUUUAAAAAUUGCUAGAAUUUAAUUUAGCUGUCAUAGCCCCAGCAACGAGUGGAUAAAUUAGAGACACUUUAGUUACGGUUUUGCUUUCUAAGGGAGAUAAUCUAUUAUUGUUUUGUUGAUGCCUUUUAGUUAUCAUUUGUGUUAAUUUUUAAUUUCAUUCUAUUUUUACAUUUUUGGUCAUUCUAUUUUAUGUUUAGGGAAGAUACAGUGAAACAUUACUUCUAAGUGCUAAUGAUUUAAAUAUUUUAAUAUCAGCAAUAUUUGGCACUUAUUUUAUAUCAAUUAUAAUCAGUUGACCUCAAUUUUCAGCAUAUAAUAGUCGAGUCAUGCCUUCCCUAAUACAUAAUAGAAUGAUCCAUCAGGCAUUGAAGAUCUGUGAUGAAAACUGUUAUCCGUCCAUUUUUAAGUUUUUGUUUUAAUUUAGUCAAAAGAUUCGUUAUUUACAACAUUGUUUGACGUUUUUUUGCUACUAGAUAUAUUUAUAUAAAAUCUCUAGUUUUACAAUAUAAUCUUCACGAUGUGUCUCAUUACUGAGCUUUUCCUCACAAGUGUUGACUCAUUACUGAGCUUGUUUCUCACAAAGAAGUGAUCAGAAAUAAAAAGUGUGCAUGCAA